GCUAUUCGCUUAGUUUAUAUUUAGUCAGCGCGGAUGCGUCGCGCGCAUAAAUAUUUAAAUAAUUUCAAAUAUAAUUUAUUAAAUCCCAGUUAUUAUCUGUGACAUGUGAUGUUUCAUAUGCAAAAUCCAGGGAUUUUGUGAGCGAGCAAAAUGGGGUCCACAAUGUACGAGCAUUUUUUGGAAAUAGCCUUUGAGGCUGAAUUGAAUACUAGAGAGGAUCCUGAGCUGCUAGAAAUCGCUCCGGAAAUAUGCAACGAGCAUCCAGACACCAGGGACGCAGCAAUCACUGAGCUCAGAAGAAUGAUUUUUGAUCGCGGGGAAUGCGAGCCUCUCCGGACGGACGACGAGUACUUGUUAAGGUUUCUUCGCGCCAGGGACUUUAUCAUACCAAGGGCGCAUAAACUCCUAGUCAGAUAUUGUGAAUUCCGGGAACAGUGCUCACACUUGUACCAAGAUGUCGAUCUGUGGGGACUCGUCAAAGCCGGUGAAGCCUACGAAGGCUGUAUGUACGACCGUCCAGAUGUAGGGAGACUUUCGAUCAUGCGAUUUGGUAAAUGGGACCCUUCAGAGUAUCCCGUUGAAGAUCUAGUCCGUCUUGGUGUUGUAAUGUUAGAGAUCGGCAUACGACAGCCGAAGAUCCAGGUGUUUGGGGGCACUGUGCUGGUAGAUCUGGAAGGCCUGUCACUGCGACAAGUGUCAGCUCUGACACCUACAAUCGCGUAUCAAAUUGUCAAUAUUAUGGGAGUCUCAACACCAAGUAAACUGAACGCCUGCCACAUCAUCAAUUACAACUGGCUUCUGAACACAUUCUUCUUCGUGUUCAAGAAAUUCAUACCCCAAAGGGCUUGGGACAAAAUACAUUUCCAUGGGAACGACUUGAAGUCACUCCAUAAGCACUUGGACCCGGAGUGUUUGCCUCCAAGGUAUGGGGGCACCUGUAGGAGCCACGUAUCAGCUCGCAAAUGGUUACAGAAGAUAAAACAGUACAGAGACGAUAAUUUUGACAAAGAAAUGAAACAAUUGGGAUUUGUUAUCAAAGAAUAAGAUGUUUCUUCUAACUGUUGGUGAUGAACUUGAUUAAAACUGUUAACCCUCUUAACGCGUACUCAGAGUCGUCUCUUAGGAUUUUACGGGAUUUUUUAUUUUGUUGAAUGUAAAAUUCGAAAUUUAUGCAAGUUAGUCCUUCAUUAAAUUAAUGAGUCUGCAUAAUUAAUAGUUAGAUUCCCAAGAAGAAUCAUUUCAUACGAUCAGCCAAUGUUUUUGCAAUUGAAGAAAACAAAAUAUAAUAGUAAUUAAUGUUACUUAUUAUGUGGUGUUUGCUAAGAGAAACAGUGAUUACUUAAUAUUGCUUAUAUAUGGGAAUAUUUUUUGGUAAAUUUCUAUUCAAAAAGUAAGUUAUGCAAAUGAAAUUAUCGAGUGUUUAAAAAUGUUUAGAAAAAAGAUCAUUAUUAAAAUAACACUUACGAAUUUAUGGAUAAAACUAAAAGUAUGGAUUUAGUAUAAAAUGGUGGAUAUUAUUGUGUUUUAUUUGUGGUUGACAUAAUAUGUUUAUUUUUUUAAUGUAUAUCAUUUUUCAAUGGUUCUCUUAUUCAUUUUAUAUAAUUAUAAAAUAUAAAAUUCGAUAUUUUAUUUAAUCGUGAAAUUGGAAACUUCCUCAUUCGGGUUUUUAAUUUCGAAUUAAAGUAACAUUACCAUUUAAUUUAUAUUAUAGUUUUUCUUAUUAUUCUAAAAUAUAAAAAUUGCUCAAAAGUGAAAUAAGAUUAUAGAAGUUUGUCUGUGAUAAUAUAAUCUUUACAAAAUUAUCUGUUUAUUAGUAAAGUUGUAAUUUUUAUUUGAAUCAUAGUUGGAUACUCUAGUCUUUUUAAGCAACAAUUUAGCAAC